GUCAUUUUCCCCCACCUGGACCACGCAUCCCUGAAGGCCUGCAGCCAAGUAUCCUCCCUCUGGUCCGUCAUGGCCACCCCACUGCUCCGAUCUCGCUCCCAGAUCCACCUCGAAGGCUCCCUCCACGACGACCGAAGUGACGCCUUCCUCUCAACGCUCAUCCCCACCGAACCCCUGCCCAUGGCCAGUCUGACCUACAACCUCCACCACACCUCGGCCCCCUCCUUCCUGUACGAAAGAGUGUCCAGUUUCUUCUCCAACUUCGGUCAUUCCCUCACCUCCCUCACCCUGCAAGCCUAUGCCCUCCAAGACCCGGCCAAUUCCCUCGGCACAAGCCACUUCUUCUCCGUCAUGUCCCAGCUUGUGUGUCGCGACUGUCCCUCCCUGAUCCACUUGACCUUGACCCACCUUCAAAAUCUCGACUACCUCGACCCUGAAAUCGAAUCCAGCCUGAAUUUCACGUCCUCUUCCAUCCGUCAUUUAACCAUUUCCUUCGAAGGGAACUCCCUAAUCCGACCGAGACGCUCCUUGAACUGCAUGACAGUUUUGAAAUGCCUCCUCGCCAUCGCCCCCAACGCUACCAUCCUCGACACUGACUGCCUCUGUGGGGGUGAAACCUUUAUGUACUUCCUCAUGACGCUGAGAGAAUCUCAGAUUUCGUCCCAAUUGACCAGCUUCUCCCUCAGCGGUGGACCACUCGACAAGGUGGCGAUGAACAUUUUAAAUUCCAUGACCUUCUCGAGACUCACCUCGCUCAAGAUGAAUACCCUCAUCACGGCCCAAGUGCAGACUGAAUUUAUCCAGUUUUUUCAAAAGUUGAGCCCAACUUUGCAAAAGUUUGUCAUGUUUGGCGACAAAUCGGGGAAGCUUGGGAGAAUGGCGAGAUAUGAGGAUGGAUUUACAAUGGAUUUCCCCCUCAUGCCAAAACUCAAGGUGUUCCAGCAUCAGAAUUAUGAAGGCUUGCAACUUGGGAGUGAAGAUUUUCUGCAAAGGUUGCCAAAUUUGGAGGAGGUGGUGAUUCGCGACUUUCAACCCUCCUUGGCAGAAAUGAUGUUCUGCCCAGAGCUUACCGUGUGGGGACCAUGUUCAGUCCGAGCAUUUACAAGAGGGGGACAAUUACGGCGAAAAAUCCUAAUUAUGCGAACGUCCAUGUCAAGAAGGUGGUUCUCGAUGUCGUCUUCGUCCCCUCGUAUGAAAAUCUGGGCUCGAUGGAGAAACUGCUAAAAAUGUUUCCAAACGUGCAAGAGUUGGAGCUCACCCUCAGUUUUGCAUAUCAAAACGUGUACGUGGGUCAAGUUUUGGACAUCUUGGCCAAAUCGAAGAUCAAGUUUUUGCAGUGUGCUGAACUCCGAUGUGAGAGGGUUGCGGCUUCAUUUCAUGCAGCAUUGGUGAAUUAUUUGCCUGAAUUUUCUCAACUCCAACGGGUCGACUUUAUCUUGGACGAUAUACCACAAUUGCCACCAAUGUCCAGAUUCAACUUGCCACUUUACAUUGUCAAAGGGAUGUUAUGCACCAGGUCGUUAACCUGACCGGAUUUUGCGUUGGGGAGGACCUCGAAGAAACGGAAAUGUGUCGCCAACUCUUAGAUAACAAAUUGGUCCAGUGGAAAAUUAGCGAGAGUGUGAUGCCAUAUUCAAAUUUUAGUCAUUUCGAAUAUUAAUUAAUUUCAUUAUUAGAUUUUUGUAUUUGUUUUUAUUUAUUUUUUU